ACCAAAAAUUAGAACUACAUAUAUAUUCUUACCAUGCAUCCAGCAAAUUAAAUUAAAGAUUGGAAUUGAGAGAUAGAUGAGAUGGGUUGUGUUGCUUUAACUUCUCUGAUUAAAACCAUUGAGAUUGAGUUUCUUGGGCAAACACCAAGGGGAAGGGUUUCUCUCAAUGAUGAUGAUCGAGCAGGAAUCGAGUCUUUCCUUGAAAACCUUUCUUCUUUGCAAGCCCUUCUCUUGAAGGAAUCCCGUGGUGAUGGUGAAGAUGAUGCACUCAAACUCAGAGAUUUAGAAAUCGAAAUCAGAGACUUUGCACUCAAAGCUGAAGACGACAUUGAAUUACAGCUUAGCAACAUUCUUCUCGCUCAUCAACACGGAGAAAAAGCCGCAGCUUUCCAUCAACUCCUCCUCCAUCAAACUUUGCAAGAAGCUGCAAAAUAUGCAACAGAGCUGUUGGAGUCAUCAAUAAUGGAUAGUGCUACUGUUGCUUUAACUGUUCUCAUCACAAAAACUAAUCAUUACCGUUGGCAACACUUCCCAAAGACGGUGUAUCUUUGCGAUCAAACAGCAGGAGCAUUGGCAUAUUUCUCACACCGGCUUUCUACCGUCCGAGCCUGCUUAUUGCGGGAGAGGAAUUCCAAUAAUUCUGCCGCUGCAAUCAAAACAUUUGAAACCAAAAUCACAAACCUCGCACUCAAAACUAAGGAUGACCUCCAAAUACAACUAAAAAACUUCCUUCUUGCCAUACACACUGUACAUCAACAAAAAGCUUCCCACAAACUCUGUCACACCCUAAAUGAAGCAGGAGACAGCGUAGAAGAGUUGUUGAACAUAACCAAAAGUAGAAGCAGCAGCAAUGAAGUUGAUGAUAAGGCAAAUCAAACUCAACCAUCAAAUACUUGGUUAAAACAUGCUAGCGCUGCGAAUGUUGAGUCUCAUGGAUCCACCUCGCAUGGCUUUCUAAAGCCUGAGGGCAGAAUGGUUGGUCGUCACCGUGAUUGUACAUUCAUAAAGAACCAACUCUUUUCUGCCCGUUCUCAAGUACAGAUAAUCUCAAUUGUUGGAAUGGUGGGUAUUGGAAAGACGACUGUAGCAAGAAAUGUGUAUGAAGAUCCAUCAGUUGCAUCCUAUUUUGAUGUAAGAUGUUGGGUUACUAUACCUCCUCCUCAACACUACAAUAAGAGCGGAAUGCGAAGCCAACUUCUUCAGUCAAUUACACCAGUAGAAGACCCAAAUGUAAUUAAAAAGGGAAGCACUCCUCAAGAACUAGCAAUGCAGGUACGCAAAUGCUUUGACGGUAAGAAGUAUCUAAUUGUUUUUGAUAACAUUACGAGCAAGCAAACUUGGAGGCAAGCUUGGACUGACAUCAUAGGGCUUGUUUCUAAUGGAUUAGUUGGAAAUUGCGUAUUACUAACCACUAGACACUUAGACCUAUGUUCUAAUAUCCAUAAGAUGACUUUGCUAACCACUAGACAGAACUUCAACCUAAAUGCCCAUACCCAUAAGAUGACUUUGCUAGAUCCAAAAGAAAGCUGGGAACUAUUUUGUAAUAUCCUUUCUAUUGAUGAAGAGCACUUGGCCCCUAAAUUUGAAAAAAUUAGGAACCACGUUGUGGAGAAAUGUGAUGGAUUACCCCAGUUAAUUCUUGAAGUUGCCAAGCGUUUAUCUAAAUGCAACAACAUACAACAAGGGUGGAUAAAGAUUGAAAAGGAAUUAGAGUCAUUGGGACUUCUAGAUCGCAAUGCACUCAGUGUUAGUUACAAUAUGUUGCCACCUCAUUUGAAAGUUUGCUUUCUAUACUUUGGAGUCUUCCCAAAACGUAAAAAGAUUCUGGUUAGAAUGCUUAUAAGGUUGUGGAUUGCCGAGGGAUUUGUGAAGCCAUUGAAAUAUAAGGAGUUAGAAGAUGAUCAAGCUUAUGAGUAUUUACAACAGCUUACUAAUAGAAGUCUUCUCUUAAUUGAAGAUCGAAGUUGUACUGGCAAAAUCAAGACUUGUAGAAUGCACAGUGCCUUACAUAGCUUCUGCGUAGGAGAAGCUCAAAAAGGAGGUAUUUUAUGUGCAGUAAAUACUCAGCAACAUUCAGGAUUAUCAUUAAAAUCAUUUACAAAUUCCUGUCGUUGGCUAAGUUCUUACUCACACGUGUUUGACUAUUACGUGCUCUUUGGUACGAACAUCCCUCGCUCCAUUUUUUUCUUUCUUGAAAAUCCUGAAAUGUUUGUUCCUCCCAAGCUGUUAAGAGUUUUGGUUUUUGAUACCUCUAUAUCACUUCAAAGAGUGCCAGUGCAAUUAGGAGGUUUAGUUUUUCUAAGAUACCUAUCCAUAACACAAUGGUUUGAGGAUCUGGAUGAUGUAGUGUCAAAUAAUCCAAAUUUAGAGACACUUAUUGUUUCCAGUAAUGGAGCACCAACAAUCCAUUUGCCAUCUAGUAUUUGGAAGCCACCAAACUUAAGGCAUCUCGAACUUGGCAAUUCAUAUAUGGUAGAUCCUCCAAGUGCAGAUAAAAAGAAUUUACAAGCAUUAUCUUGGGUGGUGAGACCAAUUCAUUGCAGAAAAAAGGUGUAUAGCAAGUUCCCUACCAUAAAAAAGCUGAAAAUUUUCCUGAAGGAUGACAUAGAGCCCAGUCACAUUACAGGAUGCUGCAGCAAUCCUAUUAUUUUGGAUCAUUUUAACUGUUUUGAAGGGCUUGAGAAUCUUAGCAUUUCGGUUUCCAUUGGUUGCUAUGCAGCCCUUCCAGAACAUUGCAUGUAUCCUUCAGGAUUGAAGAAGUUGAAGUUGAUUGGGACUAAUAUUUCUGAGAGGGAUUUAAAUGUAAUUGCCAUGUUACCCCAGCUUAUGGUGCUCAAGUUGGAAAAUGCCUUCCAUGGAACAGAAUGGAAUGUAGUAGCUCUAGAAGGAUUUCCUCAAUUAAUAUUCUUGCUCCUUGAAGCUAAAGAACUCAAGCAGUGGGUAGUUAGCUGCCGGGUUCACUUUCCGAAGCUUAGACACUUAGUCUUAAGAUCAUGUAAUUGUUUGGAACAGAUGCCAAAGGAUUUUAGAGGUGAAGAGUUGGAGUCAAUUGAGUUGAAGGGGUGUCACUCUUCUCUUGUCGCUUCUGCCAAGCAGUUACAGCAGAAGAGAAGUUUAAAGGAUUUUGAGAUCAAAAUUUUGGACCCUAAAUAUGAUGAAUCACUGAAUACACAUACAGAAGUGUCUAUGUAAGAUGUUACAAGUGCUGAUUUUUGGAUAACAAUUAGAACAUGAGUAUCCAGAAGUUGGUAAUAGAUGGUACUAAAACAUGGGCUCAAGAUCGAGCUUUCUGUCAAAAAAGACGGUGGUUGAUUUUUUUAUCACCGAAAAUUGUGAAAGAGAUCGAAUGUUGAUGUUUUGUCUUUUUGAAGAAAUCAUGUGUGACUGGCCUGGGGCAAGCUGCCAAGCAGAUUGGCAUUUUGUAAAGUAUCGAAUCAAAGAUUUUACAGUGAUCUUGGUUUCAUUUAUAGGGGCCAGGACUUUCAAAUCUUGUAGUUAGUCUCGAGGCUGGAGCACCAACUGUCCAUUUGCCAUCCAAAAUUUAGGACUUAGGAGCCACCACAGUUGAGGCAUCUUCAACUCAAUUGGCAAUUUAUAUAUGGUAGAUCCUCCAAGGAGCUGAGGGAUAAAUGAAAUUUGCAAACAUUAUCUAGGGUGGGUCCAACUCAAGGAGAAUCAUGUAGACUAAGAUUCUUGCUUCUUGAACCUAAUAAACUCAAGCAUUGGGCAAGCGAUGGUUAGUCUUGAGAUGUUAUUGUUUGGAAGAGUUCCUUGGGGUAUUUAAUAAAAAAUUUGAGCCUGCGGUCAAUUAAGUUGGAUCAGUGUGACCCUUCAAUUCUGUUGUUGCUUUUGCUAAGCAUAUACGAGGCUGGCAAGUUGAAAUGGGAAACCACAUUUUUAAGGCCAGUAAGGAUCAACUUCCUCAAUCCUAUCAGACAUAAUAGAAUGAAAGAGGCAGUAUUCCUAAACCUGCAGCAGGUCUUGUAAAUGUAGUAUUGUCAAAGGAAAUGGAGAAUGCAGCUCAGAUCACAAUCCUUAAAUGCAAUAUAGUGAAUUACAAAAUGAAGAGUCUGUACAAGACAACUUGGUCGGGCUCGUAGCUAGUGAACUAACAGUUAGUUUAAAAUGAUAAUUGAAGGUUACAAAAGAAUUGGUUCCUCGUGACUUCAUCAACCGAUCGAUCUUCAAUUCAAAAUUGAUGAUCGAGUUUCAAUUGUCUCUGAUUCAACAAGCUAAGGGCUGCAUCGAUUAUGAAGAAGAAUGUUUGAGAUCAAAAUUGAAGGGUUUGAAUGUGAGGAAUCACCGUAUCCAGUUGAAGAAGAGGACUUGGUCGAGAUCACAGUGAAUUAACCAAAUGUACUUGCAGGCUGCAAAUAUAGUAGGAGGUUUAUAGAUUUCCAUCUGAUGAGAAUGUGUAUCCCAAAUCUAGCCAUUUUGGCUUUAUUUUCAUCUUAGGAGAGGAUGCUAAAUAGUUCUGAACUAGAAGCUAGUACUAAUGUUGUUAAGCUGAUUGGUUUACUUGACAAGGUCAAGAGGCAAUGUAAAACUGCAGUGAUCAAUUGCAUGGUUUUUGGUUCUGUGAUUC